AUGGAUCCCAGCUGCACCUCUAAGGUUAGAGUCAUUGUAAGGGUACGCCCCUUUAUCUCUCAGGAAAUUCCUUCAAAAAAUGGCAACCCAACUUCCUGUAUUUCUGUUCUUAAUCCAGAUUCCGACUGCAGAGAUGAAGUCACUGUUCAUCUUCAAGAUCCUGACACCAGCCGAAAUGAGUGCUAUCAGUUGGAUUCUUUUUUUGGUCAAGAGGAUAACAAUCUUAGCUCCAUUUUUGAGAGAGAAGUGAACCCUUUAAUUCCCGGGAUGUUCAGGGGCCGUAAUGCUACAGUUUUUGCUUAUGGGGCUACUGGCAGUGGAAAGACCUACACUAUGCAGGCCACUGAGACAUGGUUGAUGCUGCAGGGUACCAACUUGUUGCCAGGGCUAAUGCCACUGGCCAUGUCCACUAUCCUGUCUAUAUGUCAGAGGACAGGAAGUAGGGCAGAUAUUUCAUACUAUGAAGUGUAUAUGGAAAGGUGUUAUGAUCUUUUAGAAGUCGGAGCGAAAGAAAUUGUUAUUCAGGAUGAUAAAGAUGGGCAGGUGCACCUCAAGGGACUAUCUCGAGUCCCAGUCAAUUCAAUGUCUGAAUUUCAAGAGGUAUUUUCUCGUGGAGUUCAGAGGCGGAAAACUGCACACACAGGUAUCAAUGAUGUCUCUAGCAGGAGUCAUGGGGUUCUUGUGAUAGGUGUCUCCAUGCCUUGGGGUGGUGAUUCUGGGAAUGUUGUAUCUGGGAAGCUUAACCUCAUCGAUUUGGCAGGUAAUGAAGAUAACAGGAGGACUUGCAAUGAAGGGAUACGUCUGCUAGAGAGUUCUAAAAUCAACCAGUCGUUGUUUGCAUUAUCUAAUGUGAUCUAUGCACUGAACAACAAAGAACCCCGAGUACCAUAUCGAGACAGCAAAUUGACUCGUAUAUUGCAGGACUCUCUUGGAGGAGCCAGUUGUGCUCUGAUGGUUGCUUGCCUUAAUCCAGGAGAGUACCAAGAAUCUGUUCGUACAGUGAGCUUGGCCGCUAGGUCAAGGGACGUUUCAAAUUUUGUGCCAUCAGCCCAUGAACUAGAGACUCCAAAGGUGAAAGUUGAUAUGGAGGAAAAACUGCGAGCUUGGCUUGAAUCUAAAGGCAAGACAAAGACUGCGCAAAGAAUAGGUGCAUAUGGUUCUCCAUUUCCAGCAAGUUCUAUCAAGAAACCAAAUUACAGCUCUGCGAAAGCUAAGAGUACGAAGACUGGUGCUGAUUCUACUGAAACUUCCUUGGAAUCAUCACCCACAGCUGAACGGAAGAAUACACUGAGAAGUCCUUUAAGAGAAGUUCUCUCCCCCAUCAAUGCAAAUGUAAACCAAAUUCCCCGUAAGGAAGAAGUAGCCUCCACAGGCUACAAGUGUCCAGUUCAGUUUGAGCCAAAAACGCCUUCAACUGCAACCCCUGCAAAUGACAAGUUCAUAACAAUCAGCACCCCACUUGACAAAUUCAGUGCAAUGAGUUCUAGUUUAAAGAGCUCUCUUAUGCAAGAAUAUGUUGACAUCUUAAACGCAGCUAGCAGAGAGGAACUGUUGGAAAUAAAGGGGAUUGGAGUGAAAACAGCAGAUUACAUAGUUGAACUCCGGGAAAGUAGCCCUUUAAAAUCUCUGAGUGAUUUAGAGAAGAUAGGUCUCUCAUCUAAGCAGGUUUACAACAUGUUCAGCAAAGCCGCAAGAGGCAUUUUCGAUAAACAAGAAGAAAGUGCGAAGAGUAGUGGAGGUAGGCGAAUCCAGAACGUCCAUGGCCGAGGGUUUGAGCAUGACUCCACCACUCUGUUGCUAUUGACGUGUCAUGCAUUUGGCCUCUGA